AUGUACAGUGUAUUUGUCGCGCUCAUAUGCUUUUUACCAUAUAUUACAACUCAAAAUUCAACAAUAGUAUACUCAAAAUAUCGAUGGCUACGACUGCCAGCAACUCCUCAACUUCCUCAUCCUCGUACUGGUCAAUACGCUGAUAUCAAUAAUAUUCGGAUAUGGUACACAAUCUACGGUCCCGAACAUGCUACUACUAUCCUGUUUCUUCAUGGUGGCUUAUGUAAUAGUAAUUAUUGGGGAUUACAAGUUCGAGAACUUAAGUCAUUUUAUCGAUGCAUAUUGAUGGAUUCUCGAGGACAAGGUCGAAGUUUCACAUCGUCCGCUAAUAUUACAUAUGAUCUGAUGAUGUCUGAUGUUGUUGCUUUGCUGAAUUAUCUUAAAAUUAAAAGAGUACAUUUAGUUGGAUGGAGUGAUGGAGCAAUUAUUGGUCUUAACUUAGCAAUGAAUUAUCCAAAUAGAUUGAUCUCAUUGUUUGCAUACGCAGCAAAUUAUGUUCCUAGUGGUCUGCGAGAUACUUCCACCUGGCCUCUUAACACGGCCGUCUUCGAACGUGCUAAAGCUGAGUAUGAAGCAAUGAGUCCAAUCAAUGACUUUUCGAAUAUCCUCAAUAUUUUAUCAUUCAUGUGGGCUACACUUCCAAAUUGGAAUCAACAAGAUUUUGAGAGAAUUGAUGAGAAGUUGCUUAUUUGGAUAGUAGAUGGUGACCACGAUGUAACUAUCUUUCGAAGUCAACCAGAUGACAUGUUCAGUUGGAUUCCACAAGCAAGUGAAUUGAUCAUACCAGAAACGGGUCUCGUCGCAUUUAUGCAGGAUCCCGAACUUUUCACUAUAUUAUUGAAACGUUUUUUGACCGAGGCUGAUUGUCCACAUUGUACUUAG